AUGCGGCUUCCCUAUACAUGUCGACCUUGCUUGGCCCGAUUUCGGCUUUUCACCUUGCAGAACACCCGAUCGCAAGCCGCACUUCAUACAGCUAUAGUGCGCGAUCCCGAUGUCAUCUUCCCAAAGCGGCUUGACAAUGAUGGAUCUUCAACCGCCGACGGCAGGCAAAUCGAGUCGAACCAAGAGGCUGCGCAUAACAAGGACAAGCUGCUGAGGAAAACAGACGAGCGGGUGUUGAACUCUCCGACCGUUCUGCGGACCCGACUGCUGAAGACAGAUUAUGAUCACAAGGCGUCACAACGGUAUUUGAGCGCAGUCUUCGGUCUCCCAGCACCCGCCGCGCGAGAAUCUGCCAGUCAAUUGCGGAGGUUGCUGUUAGCCCGCCCUCAUGAAAACCCGGAGAGAUUGUAUGCCGAAUACCAAGCCUGGAAACUGGAGUUUAGCAAAAUGUUGAGAAAAUCAGCCGUCACCAGCAAUGAUACAGCAACAUCACACCUUGCCAUCUGGGCCGUACUAGCCGACGGAUCCACCCCAUCAGUUGCCACGAUGAAGGCGUCGUGGGCCGGACUGGAUCCGGAAAGGCGACAGGAUCUUUGGCCGAAGAUGAUACAAUCUCUGAUGGACACGGAUUCCAAUUUGCUAUCGACCUUCUUGCAGGCCACCUACGAUCCGGCUUGGUCUCCGUUUUAUGUGGUUGAAGACUCUAUUAGACUACUCGUUCUGCGUCCGAAGAUUGCGGAUACCCAUCAUGAUGGGCUGGUCGACUUGGCGCUGUUUCUCAUGAAAAGCGAUCCCACUGGCUUCAUUGAGAUUAACCAGCAAGCAAUAGGCUCGAUCGUUGCGCGUACUCAUCAAGUGGACAAGGUUGAAGAACUAUAUCACUACAUGAGGAGUCAUGGCAAGGAUCUGAGUGCCCCGACCUCGCUUCAUUUCGCAAGCAAGUUUUCAAAGAGUAAUCAGCACAAAGGACUCGCGGCAGAUAUACUGUGCUCCAUAACGAAAAGCGGCAGCCUCGAUAUCAAUUCGGCAGCUGGGUCCAGCGUAUGUACAUCCUUGCUUCACUUGGAAAAGGAUUCCGAGAUACCACAAGAAGCCGCUGCGCCAGACGAACUGUUCCGAUCACUUCUCGAGACAGGUCUUGACCCCAACCUUCUCAAUAUUACUGCUCUGAUGAGAAACUUUUGUGUUCGUGGCCAUCCCGACACAGCCUGGACGGUGUUCAACCUUCUUCUCGAAUAUGGGAUCGAGCCAGAUCAACAUGUUUAUGCUACUUUGCUCCACGGUGCUAAGCAGGAUCUGAACAUUGACUUGAUCCGACGCAUCAUGGCAUCCAUUCAUUCGCACAACGUGUGGAAUGCCACGAUGCUGAACGACUUUCUUGACAUCCUCUUGAGGGAUGGCGAAUCGAUACCCGAGAGGAGGCGUAGGCAGAAGAAGGACAUGAGCUCCUUUCGGCCUAUGCUGCAGGUUUAUGCCAAGUUCUUUCAAUUAGAACCACUUCAAAAACUAUGCAGCUUUCCACUCGAGGAUUAUCUUGUGUGGGAAGGUCCCGCCCCAGGCAAAUCGACGCCAAUCAGAGACAUUGCCUCGGCUUUGCUGCCACUACCCGAGGGUUCGCUGUUGGAGCCAGACUGUCUCACUCUAUCAUUAAUGCUUGCUGCUGCUCUACGAGGGUGCCCAAGGUUUUAUCCUCCCAAAUUACGGAACGGCGUUGCAUCAUUGAAGGAGCAAAUGAACCACUUCAAUAAGCUGGUUGAGUGCAAGGAUUCAACCGCACUGGCUAUACUCCAAGAGCAAGGCACAUGGAUAUAUGAUGCCUUUCUUCGAGCUAUACUUCAAUUUCAGCAGUGUUUGCACCCUGCUGUGCAACUUGUACAGACGAUGAUGGAAAGAUCUGCCAUCGAGCAAACCCGUUAUGGCAAAAACCGGCGUCAUCCACGUCCAUCGGUACACACAUGGACUGUACUUAUAAAUGGCUUUAAGAACCACCGCCAACCAGGCAUUGCAGCAUCCAUGGUACGAGUGAUGCUCAAGCAAGGUGAAGUGAGGCCAAAUAUAGUAACGUGGAACACUCUCAUCAGCGCUUUUGCCCGCUUAAACGACGCCGAUGGCGCGGUACGCACCAUUCGAUAUUUGGAAUAUUCCGGUCUGAAACCUGACCAGGAUACAAUUAACGCAAUUGGAUCAAUGAGUUCGCGAGCCAGGAAGCAGGCAUUAAAACUUAUGGAUGCCCCGAGAGAUGAGCUCGUUUCUCCAGAUGAUGACCUUGUACAACUGCUUGCGUCUUCUUCUGGUCACACGAGCGCGAACUACUCCGAUCCUAUUGUAAAGGAUGCUCUGUCGCUCUCAAAACGAAGAGUGCAACAGGCCCCAAGGUCUAGAGUGAGGGAGGAUGCGUCGCCUACAUCGCCAGAUGUUCAAACACUGCACAAAGAUGAGUUUCCAGGGCCUCUGGAUGCAUCAACAGAACCUUACGGUGCACCCUCAGUCUACGACGAAUGA